AAGAGGCCAUGGCCCGCUAUUACCCUUCUUGUUUUAUUAAAUUACCGAUUUGCCCCUAAAACCCUAAACCCUUAUUGGUAUUGGCCCCCAAUUCCUUUCCUUGUCCUGUUGAUUGAGAUCAGAAUCACCUAGUUUGGUGGGGAGAUGAUGCGGGCUUUGCAGGGUAAGGUUUCUAAGGUUGUUUUCUCUGAUUGCUUGAAGGAUCUUCUCCAUUCAUCUCAUUCUUCUCCCUCCAACCCUUCACCAUCGCCGUUGCCUCUACUGUUACGUCGUUUCAGCUCCAUUGAUGCUUCCAGUAGUACCCGUGGUGCAAGCAGGCGAGAAGAUUUGGCAAACAACUCUGAUCUCUUCCGUCCAACAACCGAGCCUGAUGAUGAUACGUAUGGACGACAAAGCAGCAGCAGCUGCGGCGGCGGCAGCAGCAAUCCUCCUAACCCCAUACCCAACAGACCCUUGAGAGGUGAGCAACGAAUGAAUCGUCCCCCUCCUCAUAUUCCCCAGAGAAAACUUGGCCUCCCCAAAGACGAGGGAGUUGAUAGAGCCUCCCAAGCUUCUCCCUUUAACCAACCCUCGCCUGCAGAAAAGGUGGGUGCCACAUUAGAGGACGGUUUUCUUGAAAGAUUCAAGCUCGGUGUCCAAAAAAAGGAACGCCCCCAAGAAAGUGCGGCCGCUCAGCCCUCCAGAGAACAAGACGCUAGCCAUGGCAAAGAGCAGCCGCCCCAAAACGCGGAUGAGAUUUUCAGGAAAAUGAAGGAAUCCGGUCUUAUUCCCAAUGCUGUGGCCAUGCUUGAUGGCCUCUGCAAAGAUGGUUUGGUCCAAGAAGCCAUGAAGCUUUUCGGUUUGAUGCGGGAGAAGGGUACCAUUCCAGAGGUUGUGAUAUACACUGCUGUGGUUGAGGGCUUCUGCAAGGCCCGGCAGCUUGACGAUGCAGUGAGGAUUUUCAGGAAAAUGCAGAAUAAUGGCAUCUCACCAAAUGCCUUUAGUUACACAGUAUUGAUUAGGGGAAUGUAUAAAGGUAAUAGAUUGGACAAUGCUGUUGAUUUCUGUGUGGAGAUGUUGGAGGCUGGUCACUCCCCAAAUGUGGCAACAUUGGUGGAUUUAAUCCAUGAGUUUUGUAAGGAGAAAGGUGUGGAAGAAGCAAAGAAUGUCAUUGUAACACUCAAACAGAAAGGAUUAUUUGUUGAUGACAAAGCUGUUAGAGAGUACUUGGACAAGAAAGGACCUCAAUCACCAUUGGUUUGGGAGGCAUUCUUUGGGAAGAAAAGCCCACAGAGAUCUUUUUGAGCUUCUUGUUUGAAUGAUAACUUUGCUGUCCCAAAAAAGUCGAGACUAAUUUGAUUAUCGGGGAAAAGUCCAAACAAUCAUUUUGUGUUGGUCUUGAGGAGAAACAACCUUUGUGUCACCAAGUCCACCCAGAGAAUCCUUGUGGGACUUGCUCUUCCCCAUGGGUUCAUUUAUCCCUUUUCUGCUUUGAUUCUGGGUUAUGUGACAAGCAUGGAUGUGCAUUUGCAAAUGAAGGGGUAAUGCAGACAAGCCUUAUAGAAUUCACUCACUUUAUAAUUCGUUGACUUGUUGAGCUGUAUUUGCUUGUAAAAUGCCUUUGAAGUUGUGUGUGAAGGUGGGGUAUUUCUGAAGUCACCACCACCUCAAGCUGUCAUCACUAAGAUUCAGCUGAGUUGCUUGUUUAUCACUUAUCAACCUAGAUCACCCUAAGCCUAAAGCCUCGUUACAGUAUUCAACAUCUGACGGAUGACAGCCCUCCAAACAUCUCAAGGUCUCACACAAGGGGUUGGCUGAUUCCCCCCCACCACAUGCCAUGGUCGGUCAUUGUUUAAUCGAUAAGAAUUUAGUGUACAAGGUGCAUCACCCCUUGGAGCUUCAGAGGGUAUAUAGAAUUAUAGAUAUAUUCAAAUGCUGCCAAAGAAGAUCCCUGUGAUUUGGUCGGUAUUUAUCUUUUCUAA